GACUUCACAUUACGAUUGGUCACCAAACUUGUUAAUCGAUCUUUCUCUCUCUUCUUUGCUUACUCCGUGAAGUCAACUGAAUUACUGUUUAGUAGUUUAAUGGGCAUUAUGAUUGAUAUUUGAUGUUUGAUCAAUAAAUCGCUUGACAAUAGUUAAUAUUUAGAUUUCUGUGUUUGGCAGACUAUUGAUAUAAUUCAUCUUUUAGUAUAACUUGUAUUAAAUUAUCUUUUUAAAAUGGCACAAGAAGUUGAGGAAACAAUGAAACGUAUUCAAUCUCAUAAAGGUGUUGUAGGAACUAUUGUUGUUAAUACAGAAGGUAUUCCAAUUAAAUCAACCAUGGAUAAUACAACAACUGUUCAGUAUGCUGGCCUUAUAAGUCAGUUGUCAGACAAGGCAAGGUCUGUCAUCCGAGAUUUAGAUCCAACAAAUGACUUAACAUUCCUUCGUAUUCGUAGCAAGAAGCAUGAAAUUAUGGUUGCUCCUGAUAAAGAAUUCAUCCUAAUUGUUGUACAAAAUCCAGUGGAGUAAAUAUAGUUAAAAGUAUUUUAUAAAUGAUUAAUAUAUGAAAAAAAUAAAAAUAAUUUGUAAAAAAUAAAAGAAAAAAAAGAAUUUUAUAAAAUAUUAUUAUUAUCUUUUGUGUAUGUAAUAUGAAAUAAAUAUUAAUUAACAGAAAAUGUAAUAAACCAAAUUGAUAUUUUUAUUGUAAACUAAAAUACAAAUACAUUUUUUAAAUAAAUACUUAAAUCUUACAUAUGACCAAAAAUAAAUUUAGUCUUGAUAAUGAACAUACAUAAAAUAUUGCAUGUUCCUUAUUAUCCACUAAAAAUAUUUUAAUUCUAAAAGCAUUUUAAUUAAUUAUUGUUCUUAUUAUAAUUAUUAUUUUUAUAAAAGAUGAAUACAUUUCAAAAAUGUAAUAUCAAAGAUAAAUAUAUUUAUAUAAAGGGAAUGUUAUUAGAUACAUUAAUAUCGAUUCAAUAUUUAUUAGCAUUCUACCAUUAAAAAAAUACAAUAAACAAUUUUUUUUUAAACAAUUUCAUGCAUUAGGUAUGCAAUUUAUAUUCAUCAAUUAUGCUUAAGAUUGUAGGAUGGAUUGAAUAUUCAAUAUGGUUUUGACUAACACGUUGAGCUGGAUGUGCAAGUAAUCUCGCCAUAUAAUUGUGCAACUUAGCGACAUUUCUUGAUAAUUCCAUAAUAUAAGAAACACUUUUUAUAUCCAAUUUAUUUAACUCAGAAUAAAUUUCUUCACACUUAUUAUCUAAACUUGGUAUUUCAUGAACAUAUAAUAUGUCCAAAAAGAAAUUCGGAUUACUAAUUAUUUCUUGCAUAAUUACAUUGGUUGUAUUAAAUCUGGGAAUAAUAUUAGAUCUACAAUACAAUAAAAUUAUUCGUACAACAUUAUCUUCUAAAACAGAUUUUUCAUGGAUCACUUUCUGAUAAAUUAAAUUGAAAAUUUGUUGUAAAUCAAAAUAGCUUUUAUUAUUA